AUGUUCCAGUCGUUUACUGGGAGCUCUCGCCGGCCGAGGCAGGUGAAUCUCUCCGGCCGCAACGUCAACCCGUUCGCCGCGUCCUCAGCAUCCGGUCGACAAACCCCGCAUGGCUUCGGCGCCCAGAAUACACUCGCUAUUGCACAGCAGGAGCGAGCGCUCAGACAACAGGAAAGAGACCGGCUCAACUCAGCUCGUCUUUUGCAGAGAAUAUGGCGGGGCUUUCUGAGCAGAAGAGCGGCUCGCAACGCCUGGAGAGCGGAGUGGGAUACGAACGAACAGACGAGAGCCGGUACGAACAUCAGUUUUGAGGAUGGGGAUGUCGACCUGAUACAUACGACGGUGGCAUACUCGUCCCUGGACCAGUGUCGGAUACAACUUAGACUUUUGUUGCAGUUCUUUGAAGCUUCCAACGACAGCGACGCCUUACGCCUCCUUUAUCUCUCGAACGCUCUCCGAAAAACGCUGGAAGAAGUGUCUACGAUGUCGGAUGAAGAAGGAUGGACAUUGCUGCUUGCCCGCCUAGCGAAGAUGACGUUGAGGCUCACGCUGAAACUGGCUUCUCCAACCAGACAGUCACACCUACCGGGCGACUUGCUGUUGCGGUCACUCUGCUUCUUGAUUGAUCUCGUCCCGAGACAGAUGGCUAGACUUGCCGAAGAGUACUACAUCGUGAUGACGGCUUUGACUAUAGAUGCUCACACGCUGUCGAAGAAGCUAGGAUUCUCUAUAGAUCAAUUAGUAGCCACCACACUCGCACUGUUACAGCCCAUUACAGCAGACACCUCGAAUGCUUAUGAAUGGUUUGCUCGCAAGUACCUCACGAUACCGGAUCUCGGAAGUCAUCUUGGCCAGCUUGCCACGAUAGUAUCUAAGAUCAACUACAGACUUUUGGCAAAAUCUUUGGACUCUUACUCUCAGGGAACUACUGGGAAACAGUUGAGCAACUCGGAUUUGGAAUCUCGCUUGUGGCUCUUGGCAUAUUUCAUAUACUUCCGUCGGUCUGCAGUCAGCGGAAGCUCGGUGGAAGAAGCCCCAGAGCCUGAGUUCGUUAAAGUCGUCUCUAAUCUGCUGAACUCGGUCGCCUCGUUUUUAUCCAGGCGUCUGGAGCCGGAAGAUCCGCUCGACAACGACGAAGUACAGCAACCGCCACUGCACCCCUUCAUCGAAGAUCAAAUUAGCAGUCUUGUGAACCAGAGUAGCAUCACAGGCUUACUUUACAAAGUUAGACCUAGUGAACCACAAAAUGAUCUCUCUCAGGUUGAUUCUUUUGUUUCAGAUGACGCAAAAGCUCUGGCUUCGUACGCCUUGACGCUUCUGAGAGUUUUCCCUCGACGUGGAGACGAUAUUCGCAUGUGGCUUUACUUAGGAUCUACCACUUCUUUGAACCCCUCGACAUCACAGCCCGGCGCGAGAAUGCCUGCGAUCAAAUAUUUCUGGAGAUUGAGUAGUUCGACCGAUCUGUUUGCCAAGAUCAGCCGCGACUCGAACGGAGUCCUUGCCUUGCUACGCCCAUCACCCGGAGAUGCAACAAACAGUACACAACGCGACCAGGACUGGACGAUCAUCCUAUUGUUCUUGGAGCUAUAUACGUUUUUGUUGAAGGUCAUGGAUGAUGAAGAGUUCUUUUCCAAUGAUGCGGUUUUAACGGGGGUGAACACAACAUCCUCCUGGACGCGGGAAAGCGCAUUGUCAUUAAAAGACGUGAAGCUCUUGACACUUUUCCUCAAGAAUUUGGGAUUCACACUGUACUGGAACGCGGCCGAUCUCAAUGAGACACAAGAAGUUGAAAGUACUGGUAGUAUCAUGAAAUACUUUUCUCCUUCCAGCAAUCAAAAUGAGCCAUUGCCGAGUGUGCGAGAGUUGGAACAAAGAAACAAGGAGAAGGGUCUGCCUGGAGUUACUGGAAUUCCACUCGAUUAUUUUAGGGGGCUAGUCACUGGGCUCUUGAGAAUGAUUCAUGAGCGAGACUCUCGCCGCAAAUUUCUCCCCGAAGGUCACUGGCUAAUGACGUCGCGAUUCGAUAUGGAAGGGUUCAUCUCAGCAGUAGUUGCCGAGGAGGAAAAUCGACACCAACUUCAAGAAGAUGAGGAGCACGAGGAUAGUAACUAUGUGGAUGAACUGCCAUCUCAGUCAUUCGAGUUGAUCGGUACCGGACGGGCCCAACAGGCACGACGCAUUGAAGCUUUCCGGCGUCACCAGCAGCAAGCAGUUCGACGAAAACAACUGGAAGCACUUGCACCGCGACUUGAAAUUCUGAGAAACAUGCCAUUCUUCAUUCCGUUCGCCACGCGAGUACAAAUUUUUCGAGAAUUUAUCUACCGGGAUCAGAUGCGACGGAGACAAGGCUUUAUUGAUCCCGAUUCCUGGCGCAUGUCGGUGUCUGCUGCAUCCAUGGGCCGGUUACUUGAUGACAAUGCCGCAGCAAGAGAUAUUCUCAGUCGCCAUCAUGCGAGCAUUCACCGCGAAAGUGUUUUCGACGAUGCAUUUGAUCAGUUCUACGAGCUUGGAGAAGGUCUCAAAGAGCCAAUUCAAAUUAGCUUCAUCGACAAGUUCGGUGCGACAGAGGCCGGAAUCGAUGGAGGUGGAGUAACGAAAGAGUUUCUUACUAGUAUCACCAAUGAAGCAUUUAUGCCGUCCAAUGGUCCGUCGAACGGCCUUGAUUUAUUCGUCGAAAACGAUCAGAAUCUCCUCUACCCUAAUCCUUCGGCGGUGGAACAACGCAAAGAAGUCAUGCGGCAAUUGGGCAUCACGGAAGGCAGUCCUCAAUUUGUAGAUGGCGUGCGAGAUCUACUCAAGCGUUACGAAUUUCUAGGCCGCGUGGUCGGAAAGUGUCUUUACGAAGGCAUUCUUGUUGAUGUUCAAUUUGCGGGCUUCUUUCUCCUCAAAUGGGCCCUGACUGGCGGAUCAACAUCUGCUCGACGGGAAUCAGCAUAUAGGGCCAAUUUGAAUGAUCUCAGAGAUCUGGAUGAAGGGUUGUAUCAGGGACUGCUUCAAUUGAAGAAUUACCCUGGCGAUGUUGAAGAUUUUUCCCUGAACUUCACCGUCACAGAUACCAUCCCUAUCCCCGGAUCGAAAUCUCGCAUCAUUACGAAAGAACUGAAGCCCGGUGGUGCCAACAUUGCAGUCACUAACCAGAAUCGGCUCGUUUACAUAUCCUACAUUGCUCGCCAUAGGCUUCAGAAUCAGCCCGCUCCGCAAACAAACGCUUUCCUCAAAGGACUUGGUGACAUUAUUCAGCCCUCGUGGCUAUCUAUGUUCAACCAGUCAGAACUCCAGACCCUUGUCGGUGGUGAUGCUGGUGAGAUCGAUGUCGCUGACCUCCGACGCAACACACUGUACGGUGGUGUAUACACUAUUGGCGAUGACAACCAGGAACAUCCCACUAUCCAGCUUUUCUGGCAAGUCAUGCAAGACUUAUCCAAUGAGGAGCGUCAAAAGGUGCUGAAAUUUGUGACUUCGACUCCACGCGCGCCACUGCUGGGGUUCAGCCAUUUGAACCCUCGCUUCAGUAUCCGGGAUUCCAGCGAUGACCAAGACAGACUGCCCAGCACCAGCACCUGCGUGAAUCUGUUGAAGCUUCCACGUUACUCUACUGCCCAUAUUCUGCGGCAGAAACUCCUGUAUGCCGUCAACUCGGGGGCUGGGUUUGACUUGAGUUGA